GUGAAUGCCUCGACAUGUCCGUGGCAGGCCGCAGAUGACCUGUUAGCGUUUCUUAUAAUAUAUGGGUUUCCUGCUUAUAUAAAGAUUAUUUUCCGCACGCCAAUUUUGUAAAUUCAUCCGAACAUUGGUUGCAUAGCGUUUGGUCAGCCAAGUUAAGGUCUGGCGGGUUGUGUAGGGACCAGCGUUACACGGGGUACCAAGCUGUCAAUCGGAUUUCUCGGUGCCUGGCUGGUGUGCGCUGGAAUCCAGCGAUGGCUGAUGAGCUGACUGCUGCCGAGGCUACGGUGGUGACAGAGUCCCAGGUGGCACUGGAUGAGUUCUGGGGCAAGAUGACUGACCAGAUACGCAACAUGUCUGUGAACGACUUCAAGCAGCAGGAGCUGCCUCUGGCGCGCAUCAAGAAGAUCAUGAAGCUGGAUGAGGACGUGAAGAUGAUCUCGGCAGAGGCGCCGCUGCUGUUCUCGAAGGCGGCCGAGAUGUUCAUUCAUGAGCUGUCAUUGCGUGCAUGGAUCCACACCGAGGACAACAAGCGGAGGACACUGCAGCGCAACGACAUCGCCAUGGCCAUCUCAAAGUUUGACCAGUUCGACUUUCUGAUCGACAUCGUGCCUCGCGACGAGAUCAAGCAGCCGCAACGGCCGGCAGAGAACAAGAGCACCGGCGUGAUGCCCGAUCAGGUGCAGUACUACUUCCAGCUGGCGCAGCAGCACCAGGCGGCUUUGCAGCAGCAGCAGCAGCCGCAGCCUCAGCCGCAGCCGCAGCCGCAGCCGCAGCCGAGCGCCGUCAGCCAGCAGCCGCAGUCGAUUCAGAUCAUCAGCGGUGGCCAGGUGCAGACCAUCCAGGUGGUACCCAACGCCAACAGCGCGGCCGACACACAAGCGGCCAGCACCCAGGCGGCAGGCGUCCAGACGGUGCAGCUGCACGUGAACGCACAGGGGCAGCUGGUGCAGCAGCAGCCACAGCCGCAGCAGCAGCAGCAGCAACAACAGCAACAGCAGCAAAAUAUCCAGGUCAUACAGCAGGUGGUGGGCGCCGAUGGCCAAGUGCAGCAGAUCCCGGUUCAGCUGAACGCUAACCAGAUCCAGAUGGUGCGGGUGGCGGGGCAGAACAACUCGGGCCAGCAGACGAUCGUCCUUCAGCAGCCCGGGCAGGGCCAGCAGGUGCUGCAGGGUCAGCAGGUGUACAUAACCCAGGCGGAGAGCACGUAGCGGCGCCGGCCGCCACCGCCGCUGCCGUUCAUAACCCGUCCGCCGCCGGUCUCCGGCCGGCGGCGGACCUCCUGCCGCGCCCGGGCGUCCGGAGACCGUUUG